AUCAGUUUUAUUUUAGAUCCCAAACAGUACACACCGUUCAGCGGAGCAAAAUUUUGUACAAAUUUUAUUUGGUCAAAAAAAAAAAUCGAAAAAAAACUGUUUCUUUUUUACCAGUUUCACAAAUUAGUUGUAUUUUGAAUUUAGUCCGCAACAACUCACAACAUGUCGAACACAUUUUCCUACUGGAAUGGCCAGCCGGUGAAUGCUCCCGUCUAUCCGCAGAUGGGUGACUUCAUGCAGCACUCGGCCGCUGGAGCAGCAGCACCAGGAUUAGGAGCAGCCGGCGGACUAGGAGGUUGGCCCGGCCAGGGCGCAGCUCAGGCACACUCCAUGCUGCCAUAUGCCGGAGGAGCCGGCGCCAUGCCGGGUGCCAUGCCAGGUGCCAUGCCAGGUGCCAUGCCGGGUGGUAUGCCCAUGAUACCACAGCAUUUAGUGCCGCCACCCGUGCCCUCUGUGGAUCGCACGAUAUUUGGAGAUGUUCCCGGACGAAAUGAACCGUGCAUGGACAAUGGCGAAGCCUUCUGCGCCUACAACGGCAUGGACAUGAGCAUGAACUACGGCGGAAGCGGUGCAUCCAAAGGUGGCUACUGGUAGGACCAAUUACACGAACAAUGCCAGCACGAAUAUCCUCACUGAACAACGACCAAAGGGAAUAGCAUCUGGGCCACUCUUAACUUUACACAGCCAUAUACAUAAUUUAGUGUUCGAACCAAACGACUUGUACUUGGAAUGUUAAAAAUAAAUAUCCAUCCAUCCAUCAUUUGGCACAAA